UUUGUUAUCAUUUCCAUCUUUUCUUCACAUCUGUAAAUGUGUGAAUCCCUGCAGCUGUUUGUCUUUGUGAAAGAACAUUUAGAUGUCUCGUAUUACUUGAGGUUUGUACCAUAUUUUUCCUCUAGGUACGCUGUUCUAGGUGUGAAUCAAGUUCCACAACCAAAAGUAAAGAUUGUAGAGAAAAUACCUUAUAAAGACUUCGACAUCAUGUUCCUGAAACUACCAAAUCCCACCACGUAUCCCUUUAUAUCUCUUCCAUCUACUAAAGAGUGUCAGAGACCGGCCAUAGGUGAAAGUGUGGAGGUGGCGGGCUUUGGUUGGUGUAAGGCAGACAAAAAAACUAAGUUAAAAGUUUGCAGCACACCAAAAAAACUGCAGUGUGUAGAAAUGAAGGUUGCUGAUUGUCAGUUCGGAAAAGGGCAAGACGAGUGUUUAAGGGUAAAGAUAGAACAUAUUUUCUGUGGCAGUGGAACUGAGGAGGACACUGGGCCAGGAGACUCUGGUGGUGCAGUGGUUUACAACAAGAAGCUCUACGGUGUCGUCAUGGGUGGUUACAAAUAUGUCUGUAUAGGGCCUGCUAUAUUCGGAGAUAUCUGUGCUUUCCUUAACAAACACCCUGAUUUCCUUAAAAACCACAACAUUCCCAAUUAACUGGAAAUAAAGAUUCCAAAUAAAGGAAAAUCUGAGAAUUCAGAUCUACAAGA